AUGGGGGACUGGAACUUAUUGGGUGGCAUCCUAGAGGAAGUUCACUCCCACUCAACCAUAGUGGGGAAAAUCUGGCUGACCAUCCUCUUCAUCUUCCGAAUGCUGGUACUUCGUGUGGCUGCUGAGGAUGUCUGGGAUGAUGAACAGUCAGCAUUUGACUGCAACACCCGGCAGCCAGGUUGCAACAAUAUCUGUUAUGAUGAUGCAUUCCCUAUCUCUCUGAUCAGGUUCUGGGUUUUACAGAUCAUCUUUGUGUCUUCUCCUUCUUUGGUCUAUAUGGGCCAUGCACUUUAUAGGCUCAGGGCCUUUGAGAAAGAGAGACAAAGGAAAAAGUCACACCUUAGAGCCCAGAUGGAGAAUCCAGAGCUUGACUUGGAGGAGCAGCAAAGAAUAGAAAGGGAACUGAGGAGGUUAGAGGAGCAGAAGAGGAUCCAUAAAGUCCCUCUGAAAGGAUGUCUGCUGCGUACUUAUGUCUUACACAUCUUGACCAGAUCUGUGCUGGAAGUAGGAUUCAUGAUAGGCCAAUAUAUUCUCUAUGGGUUUCAAAUGCACCCCCUUUACAAAUGCACUCAACCUCCUUGCCCCAAUGCAGUGGAUUGCUUUGUAUCCAGGCCCACUGAGAAGACAAUUUUCAUGCUUUUUAUGCACAGCAUUGCAGCCAUUUCCUUGUUACUCAAUAUACUGGAAAUAUUUCAUCUGGGCAUCAGAAAAAUUAUGAGGACACUUUAUAAGAAAUCCAGCGGUGAGGGCAUUGAGGAUGAAACAGGCCCUCCAUUCCAUUUGAAGAAAUAUUCGGUGGCCCAGCAGUGUAUGAUUUGCUCUUCCUUGCCUGAAAGAAUCUCUCCACUUCAAGCUAACAAUCAACAGCAAGUCAUUCGAGUUAAUGUGCCAAAGUCUAAAACCAUGUGGCAAAUCCCACAGCCCAGGCAACUUGAAGUAGACCCUUCCAAUGGGAAAAAAGACUGGUCUGAGAAGGAUCAGCACAUCGGACAGCUCCAUGUUCACAGCCCAUGUCUCUGGGCUGGCAGUGCUGGAAAUCAGCACCUGGGACAGCAAUCAGACCAGUCUUCAUUUGGCCUGCAGAAUACAAUGUCUCAGUCCUGGCUAGGUACAACUACGGCUCCUAGAAACUGUCCAUCCUAUGCAAUAGGAACCUGGGAGCAGUCCCAGGACCCAGAAGCCUCAGGUGAGCCUCUCACAGAUCUUCAUAGUCACUGCAGAGACAGUGAAGGCAGCAUGAGAGAGAGUGGGGUCUGGAUAGAGAGAUCUCGCCCGGGCAGUCGCAAGGCCAGCUUUCUGUCCAGAUUGUUGUCUGAAAAGCGACAUCUGCACAGUGACUCAGGAAGUUCUGGUUCUCGGAAUAGCUCCUGCUUGGAUUUUCCUCACUGGGAAAACAGCCCCUCACCUCUGCCUUCAGUCACUGGGCACAGAACAUCAAUGGUAAGACAGACAGCCCUACCGAUCAUGGAACUGUCCCAAGAACUGUUCCAUUCUGGAUGCUUUCUUUCUCCUUCCUUCCUUCCUGGGGUGCGUAUGUAUGUUUCUAUUGACAGAGAGGCAGAUGGAGAGGGAGAUUAUUUAUGGAGAGAUAAAAUUAUUCAUUCAAUACAUUCAGUUAAAUUCAUUUCAUAAAAUAGAAA